GCCUACUUUCUGCCGGAGGAAUGAGUUUAAAUGCAACAGAUAACUGUGGCAAAAAUACACAGUAUCGCGUAGAUCAUCUUCUCAGCGCCGUAGAAAAUGAACUGCAAGCUGGAAUUGAAAAAGGCGAUCCAACGGAAAGAGAACUCAAGGUUACACUGGAAGAGCAAGACUUGUGGAUGAGGUUCAAAGAGCUAAUUAAUGAAAUGAUUGUCACCAAGAAUGGCAGGCGAAUGUUUCCGGUGUUGAAGGUGAGUGUAUCUGGUCUGGAUCCUAAUGCCAUGUACACAUUUCUACUGGACUUCGUGGCAAUUGACAAUCACCGUUGGAAGUAUGUGAAUGGAGAGUGGGUACCAGGUGGCAAACCUGAGCCUCAGGCUCCCAGCUGUGUUUACAUCCACCCAGACUCUCCCAACUUUGGAGCUCACUGGAUGAAGGAUCCAGUGUCCUUUAGCAAAGUCAAGCUAACCAACAAAAUGAACGGAGGGGGCCAGGUUAUGCUAAAUUCGUUGCACAAAUAUGAACCUAGAAUUCAUAUUGUAAGGGUUGGUGGCCCCCAAAGAAUGAUUACCAGCCAUUGCUUUCCAGAGACACAAUUCAUAGCUGUCACUGCUUACCAGAAUGAAGAGAUAACUGCACUUAAAAUCAAGCACAAUCCAUUUGCAAAAGCUUUCCUUGAUGCAAAAGAAAGAAACGAUCACAAAGAACUGAUAGAUGAUGGAAUGGAAGUUCACCAACCAGGCUACCCACAACUAGGCAGCUGGAUGAUUCCGAGUACUGGAACAUUAUGUUCACCAUCUAAUCCUCAUUCUCAGCUUGUGUCCCUUUCUUCUACUCACAACUGUGAUCGAUAUUCUCCUCUUCGGAAUCACCGUUCUGCCCCAUACCCCAAUCCAUACUCACACAGGAACAACUCACCUACAACAAUAGCAGACAACUCAUCUGCCUGCCUUCCCAUACUCCAGUCUCACGACAACUGGUCUAAUCUUCAAAUACCUACUCAUACAGGGAUGCUUCAAAUGACUCAUAAUAUGAGUCAAAGCAACUCCAGCCAGUAUCCAACGUUGUGGUCAGUGAGCAACAGCAGUAUUACACCAGUUUCUCAGUCUGGAGGAAUUUCUAAUGGAGUAGGAUCUCCAUAUUUGAGAAGCUCUACAGCUCAGUACACAUCACUUCCACAUGCCAUCCCAACACCCUCCACAGGAUCCCCACUGUACAAUCAUGGACCACAAGCAGAUAAUGCAGAGACUCAAUAUGAUAUAGCAUCAAAUUCCAGACUGUCUUCCACAUGGACUCAAAUUACACCUCCAAUGUGAAAUAAAGACAUUUCAAACCUCUAGCACAACAUUAUAUUCAGGCCCAGUACAGGAUGAAAAUAUGGGGAAGGAGUGGAGCACCCAUGUGCUGCUGCUAUAUUGCUUGGUCUUACGUCUCGCAAGAUAUUGGAACCACUGAUGUGAUAUCAGAAAUCUGCAAAGGAUAUAAUAAAAAAUUAAGAAACUUUUUUUAUUUGCAACGACUUGCAAUGAGAGCUUGUUCUAUUUUUAUACAUUUAUUGCAGAUCAAAAUGUGAGCAAAUAUGUGUAUUUUAAAAUUUUGCAAAAUAAGAUUUCAGCUAUUUUUCAGGUGUUUAUCAUCAUGAUUAUAAAGAUACUAAGCAUAUUAAUCCUCAUUGUACUCAUCUGUACCAGUUAACUUGCAGAUUAUUAAUUGUCAUUACUAUAGAUUUAUCAUUAUUGCGACCAACUUUUGCAAAUCAUUUUAAUUUGCAUUGUAACUGAGGAUUAAAACAAAGUUAGUUGAGAUGAGAGAUCCUAAAAUAUUUUGUUGCUUAUUUUAUUAGAAUAACUGCCAAAGAUUUAUUUAUUUUCAAGUAAGAACAUACAUAUUUCUUGUGAAUUGUAUGUAAUGUAAAUAUAUUAAUGUA